CUCAAGUGUUACCAUAGCCAACGAUUCUAGCGCGCAAAAAACUGUCCCUGAUCUAGUGGAACCUCGCACCAAACUACACAUUGGAGCCUUCAACGUACACACCCUAUGUCAAAUCUGUCAACAGGCUUCCUCGUCUAGAACCCUAGAAUCUCGUACCAUUGAUGCAUGCUGCUGAGGUACGACAGUAAUUCAUAGGUGCACGGAUGGGUUAACGGAUGGGGAGUUUGAAACUGUGAGACCGCUGCUGAUAUCUGGUACCGCUGCACUCCACAUAAAGAAUUUUACUUACCAAUCUUUUGGGAGACGUCUGACAGAUCAAGAUGUCUGUAAUAUGUGAACGUACAGUCAAUUUGUGACAGGUGGUUACACUGUGAUGGUUAUCUUACUCCUAUUGCAGUUGAGAAUUAUUUCCCCAAUGCAAUUGAGCCAGCCCAGAAUGAAGAAUACAGUGUUAGCGUUAGUCAGGCGAAUGUCUGAGGAACAAUGCAGUUCACUUUAUAGCUUCAUAGUUCACGGUAGACCAACAACAACUCCGUUGAACUUGCAUGGAGAACAGCAUUCGUACACCAAUUCAAGAACCUCGAAUAACGUUGCAAUGCCCUUUAUGCAACGAGGAAAUGUUGAUUUGGAUGAAACGUUCAGUGACGAUGAGGAGGAAGUAAUUUCUAUUAACUCCGAAGAGUUAACGGAACGGGACAUGCAAUAUGAAGAAGAGGAGGAAGACAACCGUUUGUGUGACAUCUGUAAUCUUGCACAGCCGCUGUGUGAAACUGGUGAUGCAGUUGGUUGGGUUUUCUGUACUUGUGAAGCAAUGUUUCAUAGGUUCUGUGCUUAUGACCCAUCACCGAACGUACGAGCAGUCCACUGUCCGAUGUGUCGCGCCAUUACCAACUACCAGUUACGACGUACGACCGCGAGAACGAGUAAAGGUCCUUUUCAGGGCCACCCACAAUUUGAUUUGCAUUAUUUUUUCUCCACUUCUUUUCCAUGGCAAAGGUCAAGCACUUAUUAAUGUCUAAUGAAUUUAGAUAUCCCUUAGACAUUAAUAGUGGAAAAGCGAUUAUCGCUCAUGUAUUCGUAAACUUGUUUCAAACGUUUAUUAGAUAUCAAGGUCUGAAUUAUUUGCAGUAAAGUGUUCAGUCACAAUAAGUGGGAGAGCAUUAUCGGAAAAUUGAAAAUGUAAAAAAUUUUGUGUCAAUGAAAUACAUAGUAUGAGAAUUGAAUCUUGUCAAUUGAGAUCAUAAUAAUAAUAAUGAUCAUAAGAACAAUAAAUAAUAAUAACGUUGUAAAUGUUCAUUGAUGCACUUGACCUUAUUCAUAUUUAU